AUGAGGCCCCUGCUCUGCUGCUUGGGGCUGGUCAUGCUCCUGGGGCCCUGCCUGGCCUGUCCCAGUGCCUGCUCCUGUUCCAUCAAGAAGAAUGGGCGGCUGUUGGCUGAGUGUGCCUACAAGGAUCUCCAGGAGGUACCUGAGGGGCUGUCCUCCAACGUGACCAUCCUCACCUUGUCAGCCAACAGGAUCGGUUUGUUGGGGCAAGGCUCUUUCAUCGAGGUUCCCGAAGUGCAGUCACUGUGGUUGGGCUACAACCAAAUUGGGGUGGUGGAGCAGGGGGCUUUUGCCUUGUUGGUGCACCUGAAGAACCUGGACCUGAGCCACAACAAGAUUGCAGAUUUUCCCUGGCAGGAUCUCCGCAACCUCAGCAGCUUGCAGAUCCUGAAGAUGAACAACAACCGACUGUCCGGGUUGCCACGAGAUGCUUUCCGCUCCCUGAAGGACCUGCGCUCCCUCUGGCUCAAUGACAAUGAGUUGACCACCCUGGCUGAGGGUACCUUUGACAACCUGCCCUCCCUGUCCCAGUUGCAGAUCUUCAACAACCCCUUCAACUGCUCCUGUAAGGUCUUCUGGCUGAAGAAGUGGACUGAGAACACCUCUGUCUCUAUCACCAAGGGUGGGUCUACCUUGUGCGUGGCUCCCGGCAGGCUGAAAGGCAGGGCAGUGAUGGACAUCCCUGACCACCACUGCAUUGCCCCCUCCGUGCAGCUCACCUACCUCUCCAACCUAGACAACACCGUAACAUAUGAUGGCCUCACCCUGACACUGCACUGCAGUGUGGCGGGCAACCCUCCACCAGAGAUCAGAUGGAAGAUCCAGACCUCCAGCCGCCGUGUCGAGAUCAACGGGCCAAAUGUGGCACGGGAUGGAAAUGUCAAGCAGAGCCAAGAGCGCUUCUUGGUCUUCAAGAAUGGCACCAUGGCCAUCCCCAACUUCGGCAAGGAGGAUGAAGGCACCUACACCUGCCUCGCUGUCAACGAUGUGGGCACACGGGAUGUCUCAGUCAAUGUCGCGUUGGCUGGGUCAAAGAAUCCAGCUGAAGACCUGCUUCAAGAUGACCCCCAGGCCAGCCACCUCGGGGGUCAGAACUGCUACAAGGGGGAUGAAAUGGAUUUCUCCAGUGCUGGAGAAAAGCUGGUGAUCGUUUACCACAUACCAAGGGAGUCAAAGAGCGGUGCUGGAGGAGUGGUGCCCCAGGGCCACCUGGGGACCUUCCUGCUGGCUUUGGGCAUUGUGCUCUGCUGGUAA